GCUUGCGUAUGGUCUGCGCAUCCUGCUAAGAUAAAUUAUACGGAAAUGGAGACGCAUCCUAUCAAGUCUCUCAAUUACCAGGCAUAUAAGGACCAAGAGCAACACAACAAGAGCAAGUCUGCUGUGGUGCGUCUCGUUUGAAAGGCACCAUGUGGAGCGUAUUACUCUUUCUCCUGGUCCAGCCUUUGCACACCGACAGCAUGGUCUGCCCUAGCAGCUGUAUGUGCAACCUAGAGGGGGCCGUCAAAUGUGUGGGCAACAUCAGGGACGUGCCCAAAGGCAUGCCCACCAACAUGUACCUACUUCAGCUGAAUGGCACCAACAUGAAGGUUCUGAACGAACAGAGUCUGGCCAUGUUGCCCCUUAUGCUGCGUUUAGGCAUCAGCCACAGCCCCCUGGACACCAUCCACCCUGAGGCCUUCCAUGUGGCCCCGCAGCUCCUCUCCAUCAAGCUGUCAUCCAACGCCCUCUCCAGCCUCCCUUCCCGGGUGUUCAGCCCCUUGGUCAGCCUGGAGCAGCUGCAUCUGGAUGACAAUCGUCUGGAGUCCAUCGCUCCCGUGUUGUUCGAGGGUCUGGCCAACCUGAACGAACUGGACGUCAGUAACAACGCCAUCGCUCACCUCGCCCCCAAUGUUUUCCACGGACUGAGUAGCCUGCGCUAUCUCAACCUGGGGAGAAACUCCCUGCAGCAGCUGCCCCCCACCUUGUUCCACUCAUUGACGCGGUUGCAGUUCCUCAUGCUCUACAACAACAAGCUAGAGCGGCUGGAGGUGGGUGCCUUCGACGAGCUGGCCAACCUCCUGGAGCUCAAACUGCACAACAACCAGAUCGCAUACAUCCCCCCCGAGGUGUUCUGGGCCCUAGGCAACCUCAUGACACUCACCAUGUCCUCCAACCUGCUCCAGGGCGUCCCGAAUGAAAGCUUCUACCACCUUCCCAAACUCACCAAGCUCACUAUCUACAAAAACCCUCUGCUGUCACUGCCUGAUAAGUUGAUGGGCCACAUGCCCAGGAUGAAGGAAUUCUACCUGUAUGACACCAACCUCAGCACCGUGCCCUGGAGCCUGUUUGCCAACAUGAGCGGGAUGGAGAGGCUCUCCCUGCACCUCAACAACAAGCUGAGGGAGCUGCCCCCUGACCUUUUUUGCUGCUUGCCCAACCUCCAGAAGCUUUCUCUCAAGUCCAAUGACAUCCAGGAUCUACAUCCAGAUAUCUUCUCCAAGCUGGCCAAUAUGGACACUCUGCUCCUGAAUGAUAACAAGCUUCGAUCCCUUUCUGAGGACAUAUUUAAGGGCAACCCCAGUUUGGCCAGCAUCGAGCUGAAGAACAACCAGCUGCGGACCCUUCCGGGGGAGGUCUUCUCUACUCCAGGGGGUUUAAGGGUUGUUACUCUGAGUGGCAACCCAUGGGACUGCAGGUGUGGCAUCAGAGACAUUGCAAGUUGGAUAAAGCUUAAUGAAGGCGUGGUUAGUGAUCGGACGGAUGUGAUAUGUCGUAAUCCGUACCCUCUACUUCUCCGCCCACUUGGUUCCCUACUCAACGAAGAGUUUAAGUGUGACGUUACCACACCCUCGAGCAGCCGCUCCACCCGCUCUUCGAUUGAACUCAGCCAUGCCGUUUCCACUACAGCUCUUGAGGAGCAAGAGGUGGUAGACUUCACAGCCACAACUACUGCACCCGAGGCUCCAUCAACCCAACAAACAGAAAAUCCUACUGAGUGUCCGGUUCACCACACCUGGGACUAGGCGCACAACAGCUGCCACACCGACCGCCGACGUUCUCGACAUUCUUGACGACUAUAUAUUCAAGCCUAUGGGCACCGAAUCGCUCCCCGUCCAUGUCCUAUCCCCGCCCUUCCACGACAGGCUGGUGUUUGAGAACGGGCUCGAGUUUGUGCACAACAACCGCCUAAAGGGCUGGGUUUACCUGUGGACGCUGCCACCCAAUGGGGCUUACGUUGGUUUCCUCAUGGCUCUCCACAUCCUUCUAGUGGCCACAGGCGUGGCCCUGAUUCUGGCUGCCAUGUACGGGAUGUACCGUCUCCACCAGGCCACGGAAGACCUAGGAGCAAUACUCAACAAACAGGAAACACGCCAUCAUAUCAGAGAGGAAGCAGAAAGACCAAGAUAAACUGUAGCUUCACCAAAUGCGAAGAUGAAGUACAGUAUGUGUCGAGAGUAUCAUUGUGGUGAAACAGUUUUUAAAAGAAUAGCGGAACAAGACCUUGGGAAACCUGUCAAUGUAAAGCACAAGCCAACGCUGUCUGCAAUAUUUGAAGUUUGUUAGCAUUAGAAGAGUGUAACUGACAAUUUAUUCAUUAGGCAUAUCUCGUCUCCUCCCGGGGGUAGGAGCUUUAUACAACAGGAACAAAGAAUGAUCCUCUCACAACAUUGGUCCAAAGAGCCAGACCGUUAUGGAGUUAGGCUAGCUCUUUUUAAAUUAUUAUUGUGAAAAUAACGGAUGACGGUAUUGAUGACUACGCGGACCGAGCGAACAAUUUCUCAAUUCUAUUGGGUGAACCAUAUGUUCACUAAGCUGUGGGUAAAAUUCACCUCUGGUGGAGUACAAGCUAAGCAACCUUGUCUUACUCCUAAGAGUUUUCCAGUCAAUUAAUGGCCAUAUGGUGACAGUACGCAUUCUUUCAGCAAUACAACGAUUGGCAACAUCUAACCAGUGGAAAAUAACGUUGUCAUGGCUUAUUAGUUAGAUAGAGGUCAUACUGUUUCUGCAGCUGGGGAAAGUAAGCCGAACCGCAUGAAUAGUAAUGUCCUGAUGUCAUAAGAUGAUCUUAUUCCUGUCUUUCCCACUAGCAGCUAUGAGUGAUCCUAAUAUGCCUGUAUAUUUUACACACGCACGCACGCACGCACACACACACACACACACGUAAGUGAGGUACUGAUAUCUUACUAUUUAACUGCUCAGAGAGAUCUUGGUAGGCCAACAGGUGUGAAUUAUGAAAAUUAGGGGACUUUUGGAUGACCCCCACAAAUCACAAGACCAAUUGUAGUCAUUUAACUGUAUUAAACACAUUGAAAAAAAGCAGAAAAGGGGACAAGGGGACAAGGGGACAAGGGGACAUGAGCUUCAUGUAUUGUAGGUGAGCCGAUGCUUUUCUUUUGACUCACGGGACACGACGGACAGAUACGAUGAGGCUCCUAUCUCAGUCCUAAAGAAUGGGAAGCUCAAGUACACCAUUUGUCAAUAUCAUAGUGUAGUAAGACAUUUUUCGUUGGGAAAUGUUCAUUGCAAUGUUCCUUCCAAAACAAAAACAAGCACCCACAUGAAAAACUGUUUAAGGCAUUGGUGUUCAUUUAUCACCAUGUACAAAGUUGCCGAUAAAACAUUUGUUUUAUCCCAUUACUCUUGUGUUGGCAGAUCAUUCUCAUAUAGGCUAUUUGAGAACUACACUGUUAAGAUAGAAAGACUCAAAGCAUCGUCAUUGUGUAGUGGAACCAUGAAAAGCAGUUCACCUAAGCUUGAGAUCUGGUGUUUAGAGGGUGUUUGAAUGUAAACCCAAUGCCAGUGUUAUAGUACGGUGAAUGUAUUUGAAAACAGAAUGGAGAUUCAGAAAGUGGUUCUUCAGUUUGAAGGUUGGUGUUAAGAUAGUCUUGUGAAAACCAUUUCUGGUGUUUCAGUGCAUGUAAAAAGCAGCAUCUGAACACAAAAAGCAUGUUUUGGCAGACUGUCUCUCAUACAAUCAAAUGGUUUUGAAAUGAAAAUGGUUUAUAGCGUAAAUAUUGAUUGGGGAUGAUUUUAUUUGAGUUUAAAAAAUUAAGAUAAUUAUGGGAUUUGAAUACUUUUCCUAGGGUAGACAAGGGCACUAAUUAUAGGCUACUGUUGCCAGACCCAUUGAGAUUAGAAUGAUGUUACAAAUCAAAAUGACAACUCUUUAUGUUGUCAAAACAUUAUCUUAGUCCACUCAGUCAGUCUUCAGGACUAAACUGUUGUGCUGAACCACCCUUCUUGUACUGAGCACAUCGGGCCUGAUUCAGACUUGCGAUAGACUUAAUAAAAUAUGGACUUAACUAAAAAAAUGUUAAAGUCCAUGUUAAAUCAACUUAUCUUUAUUUUUUCUGUGCUUUGUUUAGAAAGAUUAGUAACAGGAGACUGAUUAAAUAGUUAAUUUUACCCACUCAACCACACAGCCACGUACCGUGUGAAGAACUUGGGCCCCCAUAUCAGAAUGUUUAGAUUAAAGGCAAAAUUUGAACUUCAGACAUUGUGCUUCUUUACUGUUUAGAAUCGCUACAGUCUGGGGCAUGGAGGUGGAGAGAGGGCAUUCGUAUCUGGUGUGCCCUCUAAGCAAACUCUAUGGUCAAGUAUAAAAACAGGCAAGCAUGCGGGCACCUCCCCUUUAUUCAGAUCCUUCACAAACUCAUACAGGAAAGAGCACAACAAACGCUGAGGUGAAACACUCCAAAAUAAUCCAAGAAAGUAUGCGUCAAUGACAAUGUGAGUACAAAACGUAAUUAUUACACUGAAGAAAGAAACAGAAAAGGAAUUCACUCAACAAGAACUAGCCAGCAGAUCUGAUCCACUUGCUUACAGCUAGUGAUGUUACGUUUGAUACCGGCGCUCCAAGGUAUGCGUCGAAAUCGCAAAGCAGCUAACCUCGAAGAUGUCUGCCGAUGCGUGUAUGACUUUAUCAGCAGUACGUCAUCAAUGACCUCUGAAGCUUUGUUUGAUCACAUGCUUUUUCAAACCGUAUGUUGCAAAAACGCAAGAUCCCACUGAUCACGCCGUUGUUCCGGUGCCUUUUCCGUUUCCAAGCUGAUUUCAAACACUGACCUCUACUGGACACCGCACAUACAAAUACAGUUAGGAUUUUGUACAAAAAGUUUCACCUAGCCGGUAGCUUAGCAGAUAGACGAGGGAACUAUGUAACAGUCAUGGACGUGAGGGUUCGGGUCGAAUCCCGUUGAAGGCACACUAUUUAGAAAACUAUUCUUUCUGCACUGUUGCUCAAAUUUGUUUUAUAUAGUAUAGUAUAAGCUUCUGUCUUACGCAUCCUAAAUAAUGCCAUAGAUUCAGUUUUUCAAAAUAGUCAAGCAUGAUGUAUUCCAACUGAUUAGGCAACUAAAGCCAAUGACAUACAGCUGUGCCACGAUGCUAUAAUGAAAACAAUGGGUGAAAAAAAUAUCUCUGAUAAUCACACACUGCUAUUUAUUGCUGACCAGCAGAGGUCACUAAUGUGCAUUGGGAACAUAAUAAAGCUCUCGGUAAAGCUCUCGGUUUCCCAUCACUACUUAUAGAUGCACUAGGGUCAGACAGGCUUCCUGUGUAGAUUAAGACACCCCGGAGCUGGCGCGAGAUAUGGCUCGGAAAACGCACCUCAAUUCAGGGAUGAGAAAUGUGUUGCAUUCCGAAUUGUCCUCUUAUCACAACUGUUACACCGAAAAUAAACUGUUGUUUUUAUCCUCAUGCUAGCUAGCAGUAGCCACAGCAGGCAUUGUGGAAUGGCAUGUCGCAUUGAACAACAAAGGAGCUGAUUUGUUGACACGGCCAUUCCUAAAUGGCUGCUGUUGCUUCUGCUGCCUAAUAUUAGGUUGAAAAGGACUGUUUUCUGGAAAAACUAGCAUUCGUUAAAUCUUCUACGCGUAACAGUUGGGAUAAUGGGACAAUUAGGAGCACAAGGCACUUCUCAUACCUGGAUUGAGGUACGUUUUCCGAGCAAUAUCACGCUGGCUCCGCAUUGUCUUAAUCUACACAGGAAGUCUGUCUGACUCUUAUACAGCUGUCAGCAAGCGGGUCGGAUCUGUUGGCUGAACAAGGGUGUUUGUUUUGAGUAGCAUUUCGGCUGCUAACGGUUGCUGUACGCUUAUAGUUCAAGUCAAACAGACGUUUUGAUUAGUUGGUUUCGUUUUCUUAAUGCUACAUGGUAGUUAACUGACACGUCGUGCAGAUGUUUUUAUGCAAACGAAGUUCUGUUUUUUGUCUUGCCAGGUAUUUAUUUUGUUUGGCUUGCCUACUAGCUUUAUAUAUUGUUUGAUGCCUGCACCACAUGCUAUAUGUUACACUAAAUAGCCACUGCCAAUUUAGCCUGCUCUAGCGUUGGCCUGCCUCGCCACAUGUUACUGCAUUCCACUUUUGACAUUCAUAUUGUUCUGUUGUUGCUAUAUUUACAUAGCUUCAUCAAUGUAUAUGCAUUUUGCAUUCUGCUAUUAUUGUUUAAUAAUUGUAUAUUCGUAUAGCAAUUUAUGAAUAUUAUAACAGUUAAUAACUUCAUUAUGCAUUCAUGCACCAUCAUUAUUGCUUGUUAUUAUUAUUUGCCUGUAGAGAAACAUACGUACUACGUUACCAACAGGCUGGCCAUACCUAACCAAAGGAAUCAAGACAAGGAUCACAGAGUAAUGCCAUCUGACCUGUCAACUGUCAAUCAUAUCGUUAAACUCAACUGUACUGUGAUUCAAUACACCUGAACAACCUUCCAUGUACCAUCUUCUGAAUUUAAAGACUGAAUUCAAAUACAUUAGCAUAAUGGAUGACUGGUGUAUCGCAUUGAGCCCUGGGCUGAAGUUUUGUAUUAGUAGUAUUUUUGUCCAUGAAUCUGAAAUAUAAUGCCAUAUUUCCCUUGAUUUAGAAGAAUAUGAUUAAUACCGUACAGAUCUUUGAACUGUCUUAAUCAAUAUUUAAAACAUGUAAAAGACCUGUUAAUGUUUUGUUGUCAUUUGAUGAUUUGCAAAGAAAAGAUAAAGUAUUUGAAACUUCAAAAUCA